UUAUCCCGAUAUCCAGAAAAAGAAAUUCGAACGUGCCGAAUAAGCAGGAAACUAGAAACUGAACUUAUAAACAUGUUAUUGAUCGGUGACCACUAGUGCGCCAGCGCAGCGCAAUCCUAAGGGCAAAACAGUAGCAAUCUACCCUCAUUCACGUUUUGUGCAGUGUUCUUGUGUCGUUCCAUCGUCCAUUCGCUGCUUCUAGUUUGACACUUUCAAAGUGUCAUCGCGUGUGGCUAACAUGUCCGGUGACAGGGACUAUAUUGGAUUUGCAACAUUACCCGAACAAGUGCACAGAAAAUCGGUUAAAAGAGGAUUCGAGUUCACUCUGAUGGUGUUAGGAGAAAGUGGCCUUGGAAAAUCUACUUUAAUAAACAGUCUCUUCCUCGGAGAUCUUUACAAAGACCGACGAAUCCUUGAUGCAGCUGAACGCAUUGAAAAAACAACAACGAUAGAAAAGAAGACAAUGGACAUCGAAGAACGUGGAGUCAGGCUACGUCUAACGAUCGUUGAUACACCAGGAUUUGGCGAUGCAGUAAAUUGUGAUGACACUUGGAAAGCAUGUUCAGCCUAUAUCGACGAACAAUUUCGACAAUAUUUCACAGACGAAAGUGGAUUAAAUAGAAAGAAUAUUCAAGACAAUCGAGUACAUUGUUGCUUAUACUUUAUACCUCCUUAUGGUCACGGACUUAGACAAAUUGAUCUGGAAGUAUUGAAACGAUUACAUCGUAAAGUAAAUGUUGUCCCUGUAAUUGCAAAGGCGGACACAUUGACUACUUACGAAGUAAAAAAAUUAAAAGAACGAAUUCUUACUGACAUCGAAGAACACGAAAUUCAGAUAUAUCAAUUUCCGGAUUGUGAUAGCGAUGAAGAUGAAGAAUUUAAGCAACAAGACAAAGAGCUUAAAGCAUGCAUCCCGUUUGCUGUAGUCGGUAGUUCAACAGUGCUCGAAGUCGCGGGAAAGAAGGUUCGUGGUCGUCAAUAUCCUUGGGGAGUAGUAGAAGUGGAAAACCCGAAGCACAGUGAUUUCGUGAAAUUAAGGACAAUGCUGAUAUCUACACACAUGCAAGAUCUGAAAGACGUCACGCAAGAUGUACAUUAUGAGAAUUUCCGGGCACAAUGCAUUUCACAAAUUUCACAGCAAGCUAUUCGGGAACGGAGGUAUUUACGCAUUAAACUGAAAAGAGAUUCGGGUCCACACUUUGAAAACAGUAUAUCAGACACAGAUAGACUACUUUUGCAGAAAGACGAGGAGAUAAGAAGAAUGCAAGAUAUGCUUGCACAAAUGCAAGAAAAAUUAAAAGCUACAGGACAAGUUGGUCCAGGAAUUGGUCUCAGAGGAAGAGUCGGCAGUCUUGGAAAUGAUUUAGAUGCCACGGAUGUCGAAAAGAAACGCAACAGUAUUAUAGAUGUUUAAACUCUUAAUUAUAAUGCUAGCAUAUAUUAUUAUUGUUGUAAUUUCAUUA